UCGAUUAAUGUACUGAUGUACUGCAUUCAUUUUAGUCCUACGAACUUGCAAGGAGUUCUUGAAUGCCGCAUUUUCCAGGGAACAGUUCAAGGAUUGUUACAACGGUACAACACGCGAAACAGUUUUUUUAUUUUAUUUUAGCGGCCUACGUUAUGUAUGAAUUUUCCAAACAAGUGUCUUAUUUUACUCUACGACGUAACGAAUAGGCGUUAAAGUCUUUUUCUCUGUCCCGUUGAAUUCCUUUAAGUAAAACGUACCAACAGUGUAAGCCAGUGUGCUAAAAUGCCUACUGAAUUAAAGCAGAGGAAGAAGAGCCCAUCACAAAAACAAAAUGAUGAAGUACCCGAAUCAUCGGCUGCAAACGAUAAAGACGAAGAGCAAAGAGUGAAGAGAGAAACGGGAACCAGCGCAGGAGCAAAUCCAACGUCUUGGAUUUUGGACAUUAAGAGUGUAAUGUGCUUAUUGUCGCUUGCGGCAUGUGGAGCUCUGAGCUGGGUGGUGCUACAGCAGAACGAGAGGUUUUACCAAAUAGAAGAACAGUACAGAUCUCUACACGGGAGAACUUCAAGUCUGUUCCACAUGGAGGAAGAAGUCCUAAAGGUUUCCAAAAAGCUUGCCGCCUAUGAGGAUGACCUACAGGCGGCGUUCUCCACCGUCUCCUUGGCAAAAAGACUCCAGCAGGAUAUCGCCACCCUCCACACUGCUGUCAUGGCAAUGCAGGCCGAUGAGAACUCUGCCUCCCGUGACCUGCAGACAGUCAACACCCACUUCCUCAACGUGACAGAGACGUGGCAGGGGCGCCUGGCCAUCAUCUCCUCCGACUUGGAGGCCAUUAAGGCCGAGUCACGGGAAGCUCAUGCUGGAGUCACAGACCAAGUGAACGAGGCUGAGCGGAGGGCCCGGUUGCUGGCAGAGAGAUUGGAGGAACUUGAGGACAGCACAAAGAGGAACGCUCGAGCCCUGGAGCGUACAGAGGAAGACGACAUCAGGCGAGCGCAGGAUCAGCUGGACUGGAACACCAAGCAGGUCCACAAGCUGGAGGAGCAGAUCAGCAGCCUGACCAAGAGGGAGGCAGAGCUCAGCUCCCUGCUCCAGGAUCACAUUCCCCGUGCGCAGGAGUGUGAAGAGCACCUGCCAGAGGUAGAGGAGGCGGUGCGCUCCAUCCUAAGGCUGGGAGGUGAUCUGAGUGGGGCUGAGAAGAGGCUGGAGGAGUUGACAUUGCAGGUGUUUGGGACAGAGGACAGCAUGCUGAAAGCCCUCAAUGAAAUCCUUGAGAUCAGACAGGAGCUGGACACCCUGCAGGCUCAAAACAGCAUCCUGAAAAUGAAGAAUGAGCUGUCCGUGGUGAAAGAGGCGGUCCGUGAGCUCACCCUGGUGCUGAGGGAAAGUAGGGUUGACAGCCAGAAGGACUCUGACACUCUAGAAGAGGAAGAAUGGAAAGAUGAAGAGGAUGAAGAGUGGGGAAAAGAUGACCAGGAUGAACCAGCUCCCCCAUUUCAUGAUGACCUCACUGAAUGAUGUCCUUCUUUUCAUUUCGCUAACAGGAAGACAAGCAGCUCUGAUUCUAUUCAAGUUCAGCAUCAAUGUAUUGUGACGGUAUUGUCCGAAGAUUGCGACUUCAGCAUGAGCUCUGGCACACAUGCACUGUAUUACACACAAGUACAAAUAAAAAUGUAUUUAAUAGUUUUGUUAAUGCAGAGCAGCAUAUUUAGGUUCUCAUAGAAAUUGUAUAAGGUUUGCCCCAUUAUUCUUAAACCAGCCAUUUUCAUUAUCUGUACCAGUGUUUGGGGAUGCACAUAAAUACAUCAGAGCUGAAAUGAUUAGUUGAUUGACAGGAAGAAAAAUUAGUAUAAUGAAUUAUUUUAACACUUUAUCAGAGGCCACAAAUGCCAAAUACUCUUCAAGUUCUAGUUCCAGUUUUUGCAUAUUUGCUGAUUUUAUUUGCCAUAUUUGCAAGAGCAUUUUUAGGGUUUGGAUGUUGUCUGGGGGAAAAACAAGCAACUUGAUGACAUCAUCUUGUUCGUUUGGAAAAUUUCUUGGGCAUGUUUUGCAUUUUGGGGGGAAAUUUUAUAGACCAAACACUGAAUAAAAAAAGAAGUGAUAAUGAAAACAAUCACCGGUUGCAGCCCUGAACUACAUUUGUCUAGUUUACCUUAGUGUUACCUUAUAUUUGAUACAGGAAUGGUGUUUGUACUGUAGCUGUGUAGUAAAUCUUGUUUUUGAUGACUUUCCAUCUGAUUUUGGUUUGAAAAUCCAUCUGUUUAAAAGCAUGGCAAAUUAUCACUAGGCUUAUUAAAUAAAAUCUCCUUUUUUAGUACAAAGCUCCAAUUUGUUUUCAUUUGUUUUGUUCACACUUGUUUCUCAUACAGAGAAAUAACCUGAGCUGAUGUCUUGUAACUUAUGAUUGUUUUAAAUAACUUCCAUCCCCUUCGCCUCUCAUUCUGCGCAUGUCACUCCAUGUACUC